UUUAUCAGACGCUCAGACGAUUAUUACAUUCCAUUAUAUGACCACCGCCACCAGCAACAUCACCACCAAAUACCUUCUGUCUCCGUCAACACACCACUCAUACAACAGCGAAGCCGUCAUUGAGUUCUGCCUCCAAGUCAGCCGCACUCUUGACCAACUUAAGCAAACUCAUGCUCGCCUGCUGCGGACUCAAACCAAUCCACACCCUCGCCUCCUCAUUCAUCUCACCAGCCGCCUUCUACAGCUCCCCAACAAUAAUCUCCGAUAUGCCCGCUGCUUGUUCAAUGGAAUCUCUAACUGUGAAAACCAGUUCAUUUGGAGCUCCAUCAUCCGCUCCCAUACCCUCCAUGCCCAAUUCAGACAAUCCAUCGCUCUCUACACACAGAUGCACCGGAUGGGCAUCUCACCCAAUGGCUUCACCUUCUCCUCAGUGCUCAAUGCUUGUGCUCGCAUUCCAGCAAUCCUACAAGGCAGACAGAUACACACCCAGAUCAUCGAAUCAGGUUAUUUCUCCAAUACUGUUGUGCAUACUGCACUUCUCGACAUGUAUGCAAAAUGCGGUGCUGCCAAUGAUGCAAGGCUUGUUUUCGAUCAAAUGACUGAUAGAGAUGUCGUCUCUUGGACGGCCAUGAUUUCCGGAUACACGAAAGUUGGUAUGAUGGAAGAUGCGCGUCAGCUAUUCGACGUUAUGGGGGAACGCAAUGUGGUUUCCUGGACUACCAUGGUUGCAGGGUAUGCAAAUGCGGGCGAUAUCGGAGCUGCAAAAGAACUGUUUGAUCAAAUGCCGGAGAAAAACUCUAUUACCUGGACCGCUAUGAUUGCUGGUUAUGGGAAGUGUGGUGAUGUGGUUGGAGCUCGGCGAGUGUUUGAUGAGAUGGCGAUGCGUGAUUCGGCAUGUUGGGCAGCAAUGAUUGCAUGCUACGCACAGAACGGGUGUUCUAGUGAAGCAAUUGAGACGUAUAAGAGGAUGAAAAUGGCAAAUGUGAAGGCCAGCGAGGUCGCCAUGGUUGGAGUCAUCUCUGCUUGCACGCAACUCGGUGAUGGGGACAUGGCAAGCUCCAUAGCUGAUGACAUGAACGAAGGGAGCUGCAAUCGGACACUAGUCGUUUCCAAUGCAUUGAUACACAUGCAUGCGAAAUGCGGGAGCAUAGGCCAGGCGUGGGAGGAAUUCAAUUGUAUGCUUCAGAGGGAUGUGGUCUCCUACAGUGCAUUGAUCACAGCUCUAGCGGAUCAUGGAAGGGCCCAUGAAGCUCUGCAACUUUUCUCUAGGAUGCGGAAGGAAGAACUAAGUCCGAAUGAAGUGACGUUCGUUGGGGUACUCAAUGCUUGCAGCCAUGCAGGACUGAUAGAAGCAGGGUGCGAGUAUUUCAAGCUAAUGACGGAAAGUUAUGGGAUCAUUCCAUUGACAGAACACUAUGCUUGUAUGGUUGAUCUUCUUGGACGAGCGGGGAGACUCGAAGAGGCCUACAAGCUUAUCUUGGAUAGUGUGGUUACACCUGAUGCUGGAACCUGGGGUGCUUUGUUGGGGGCUUGUAGGGUCUAUGGGAAUGUUGAGCUGGGUGAGAUUGCAGCUGAGCAUCUAUUUGGAUUAGAGCCUGAGAAUACGGGAAACUAUAUUCUUCUGGCCAACAUUUAUGCGUCAAUGAACAGAUGGGAUGAUGCAGCAAGGGUGAGGAAGAUGAUGAGUGAAAGACAAAUCAGGAAGUCUCCUGGACGUAGUUGGAUUGGAUUGGAUGUCAAGGUGCAGUAG